CACAGAGAGACAGGGAGACUGAGUAACCGAGCGGGGCUUUCUCUCUCCUCUCCUCUCCAACUCACUGCGAAAUGGCUCUAUCCACCGCUCUCUGUAGCUCAGCUCUUUAAAGUGCUGCAUCUUUCUUUUUUUGGAAAAAAAAGAGGAAAAAUUAAUGCAUACAAAUCUCAGUCCUCACAGUCGAUCUGUCUUCAUCUCACUGGGUGUCACAGAAGUUGGAGCUGUUUAAGUAACUUUAAUUCGUUUUCGAGAAGGGGAAAAUUGCGACUGAGGACGCAGCAUCGUCGAGGCUUGUGCGCAGGGACUGAUGCGAGAAUCUGUGAACUGAAUGAAGUGAAGAGUGUGAAGAAGGACCAGUAUUGAGGAAACGGGAGAGAGUUGAAGUCAGAGGUACACGGUUUAAGGACGAGGAGAGAAGCAAGACAUUAAGGAUGGGGAGAAAAAAGAUUCAGAUUACACGGAUCAUGGAUGAGCGAAACAGACAGGUGACGUUUACAAAGAGGAAGUUUGGGUUAAUGAAGAAGGCUUAUGAGCUAAGUGUUCUAUGCGACUGUGAGAUUGCUCUGAUCAUCUUUAACAGCACAAAUAAACUGUUCCAGUAUGCCAGCACCGACAUGGACAAAGUAUUGCUGAAAUACACAGAGUACAAUGAGCCGCAUGAGAGUCGGACAAAUUCGGAUAUUGUUGAGACACUGAGAAAGAAGGGCCUAAAUGGGUGUGACAGCCCAGACCCAGACGCAGACGAUUCAGUGAGUCACAGCCCUGAGUCUGAUGAGAAGGGCAGAAAGAUAAAUGAAGAUAUUGAUCUAAUGAUCAGCAGGCAAAGAUUGUGUGCAUUGAACAAGAAAGAAAACAAAGGCUGUGACAGCCCUGAUCCUGACUCCUCUUAUGCGCUCACCCCACGCACUGAAGAAAAAUACAAAAAAAUUAAUGAAGAGUUUGAUAAUAUGAUCAGGAAUCAUAAAAUACCUGCUGUUCCUCCACCUAACUUUGAGAUGCCGGUAUCCAUCCCAGUGUCUAAUCAAAACAGCCUGGUCUACAGCAGCCCGGGCAGCUCACUGGGUAACCAUAAUCUUAUGCCGCUGGGCCAUCCAUCUCUGCAGAGGAACAGCAUGUCUCCUGGAGUGACACAACGGCCACCAAGCGCUGGAAACGCAGGUGGCCUCUUGGGUGGGGACCUUGCAACAACUGGUGCAGGCACCAGUGCAGGAAAUGGGUAUGGAAAUGCCCGCAAUUCGCCAGGUCUGCUGGUCUCACCUGGCAGCAUGAACAAGAGCUUGCAAACCAAGUCACCCCCUCCUAUGAAUUUGGGAAUGAACAACCGGAAACCUGACCUGAGGGUUCUCAUCCCACCAGGUUCAAAGAAUAUGCCAUCUGUGAAUCAGAGAAUAAAUAACUCACAAGCUGCACAGUCAUUGGCUACACCAGUGGUUUCCGUAGCAACGCCUACUCUGCCUGGGCAUGGGAUGGGAGGAUACCCUUCAGCCAUUUCUACCACAUAUGGUACUGAGUAUUCCCUCAGUAGUGCUGACUUAUCAUCUCUGACUGGGUUUAACACCGCCAAUGCACUCCAUCUGGGCUCGAUGACUGGCUGGCAGCAACAUCAGCUACAGAAUAUGCAGCAUUCAGCUCUAAGUCAGCUGGGAGUUUGUACUAGCACUCACUUAUCUCAGAGUUCAAAUCUCUCCCUGCCUACCACUCAAAGCCUCAACAUCAAGUCAGAACCUGUUUCUCCUCCUAGAGACCGCACACACACCCCCUUGGGAUAUCCACAGCACUCAAGGCUCGAUGCAGGGCGAUCUCCAGUGGAUAGUCUGAGCAGUUGCAGCAGCUCCUAUGACGGAAGCGACCGAGAAGAUCACAGGAAUGAUUUCCACUCCCCCAUCGGACUCACAAGACCGUCGCCGGAUGAAAGGGAAAGCCCGUCUGUCAAGCGGAUGCGGUUGUCUGAAGGCUGGGCAACAUGAUAAGAAUCUUCAGUAAUCUUUUUUUUCUUGCAGUGUGUGUGUGUGCGCUACAUUACAAGGCAGGGGAGGGAGGGGGGAAGUUCUACAUUAUCUGUGCCGUGUGUGAAAAAAAAUACGUCAGGUACUCUGUUUUGUAAAAGUACUUUUAACUUGCCUCAGUGAUAUAAAGUAACGUAAAUUGCUGAGAUAACGGCUUUAGCACUUGAGCUGUGCGAAGAAAACCGUUGUACAAUGUAGAUUUAACUGCUAACUCUUUUUCAUUGCCGUGCUCCUUCGCAAAAUGUAUGUUACGAUAGAUAGUGUCAUGUUGCGGGUUCAACGUAUUUACAUGUAAAUAGCAGAUUAAAAGGAAACAUUUGCCAGUGCAGGCAGAUCUUUGCUGAAAAAGAAAAUGAGCUGUUGACGCAAUAAAAUCCAAAAAAAAAAUUAUGUAUAGGCGGUUGACAGACCCAGAAAUAUGGUGAGCAAUCUCAACAAGACAAAUUGGUCCACUGACAUCUCCGCACGUGUUAACGUAAAAGGCAUAUCAGGAGAGUAUGGCACUCAAUCAAUUGGAUCAGUGGCAUUUAACAGACGACCAUACUUUGCAAAAAAAAGGAAUAUCGUUAAUAUGUGGCAAAGUCCAAAUUCUGGGUCUGUUUAACAUUUUAAGUGGAUUUUAAAAAAAGAUGUACAUUACAUUUUGCUUAUAUUUUCAUAUGGAAGCAAGAAAAAAUGUUUGCAAAGCGUUUGUGGCUUUUUGUAGUUACCUAAGCCAAAAUGUUUUCUUUUUCUUUUUCCUGAUAGCUUUGCUGAUAUUUUAAACAAUCCUAAAAUUAAUGGAAUUGGGUUCGUCAUAUGGCAGCACUUCCCUAAACCAUGGAAAAACUCCACGCUUUGCUAACCAAGAUUACUGUUUUCUCUUUGUAGAGUUUUGCUUCUCAAUUGUGUAUUUCUAAUUAUAUAAAAAUAAUAUUAAGAAAAUCUUUUAAAAUCUGUGAAAUUAACAUGCUUGUGUAUAGCUUUCUAAUAUAUAUUAAUUAUGGUCAUAGCAAACAUUGUUUUGGUUAUCUUAUUAGUGGGAGGGGAUGUAUUUGUGCAUCUGCACAUAUAAGUAACUAAAUUCUUAGGUUUCUUCUGCAGCAUCAAAGUUGGCUGUGUUCAAUAUAACGAGGUUUACCAGUUGGGAGGAUGGAUUUAGUAUGAAUUCUAAACUUUUGCUACUACUUAGGAGUUUAAAAAAUGCACAAAGGAGUGAGGCUGCCUCUCAUUUUGGGUACUGGGUUGUUAUCUUAAAUGAAUCCGGGUGUUUAGCCGAAUUUUGCCACAUUGCAUUCAGCUGUUAACUAGUUACUGUGAAGGUUACAAGACCGUAGACAUAGGUGCAAAUUAGGCCAUUUGGCCCAUCGAGUCUUCUCCACCAUUCCAUUAUGCCUGAUUUAUUAACUCUCUCAACCCCAUCUCCUCGUAACCUUUGACACCCAGAUAAAACAAGAACCUCAGCCUUCAAUGUACCUGGUAUCUUGGCCUGCACAACCGUACGUGGCAACAAACUCCACAGGGUCACCAGCCUUUGGCUAAAGAGAUUUUUCCUCAUCAUUAGGCAGACGACUGUGGAGGCCAAGACAAUGGUAUAUUUAAAGUGGAGGUUGAUAGGUUCUAAAUGUUAUGGGGAGAAGGCAGGAGAGUAGGGUUAAGGGGGACAAUAAGUCAGCCACAAUGAAUGGUGGAAAAGACUCAAUGGACCGAAUGGCCUCAUUCUGCCCCAAUGUCUUAUGGUCUCAUUUCUGAUCAAUUCUUGACCUCGUCUGAAUAUUUGGCACAAAUUACUUUGGUUUAUUUGGAUUUGCAUCUUUGCUAAUCAGAAAAUUUCUAAAUCUGAAGGUUAACAAUGGAUGUUUGUCACCAAUACAUUUUAAAUCUCUUCAUGAAAUAUGUGUUUUAACGAUUUUAAAAACUGUAUAACUUAUAUUAACCAUAGCCCUUGACCAUAAGACAUUGGAGCACAAUUCGGCCAUUUGGCCCGUCGAGUCUGCUCCACCAUUCCAUCAUGGCUGAUUUAUUUUCCAUCUCAACCCCAUCCUCCUGCCUUCUCCCCGUAACCUUUGACAUUCAGACUAAUCAGGAGCAUGUUAAUCUCCAACUUAAAUAUGUCCAAUGACUUGCCUUCUGUAACCAUCUGUGACAACGAAUUCCACAGAUUCGCCACUCUCUGGCUAAAGAAAUUCCUUUUCAUUUCUGUCCUGACAUCCUCCUAUUCUGCUGCUGUGUCCUCUCGUCCUAGACUCCCCCACUACAGGAAACACCCUCUCCACAACCGCUCAAUCAAUACCUUUCAAUAUUCAAUAGGUUCUCCCAAAUCAUAACAUCGUCUCAACAUAAUCAGAAAAUAACCAGAAUUGAUUAAUAUACUUGCUUUCAUCUUGUUCUUUAAAUGUUAAAUGAUAAUUAGGAGGCUAACUGAAAGCUUCCAUUUUAGUUAACUUCUAAGAUGCAGUUAGCAUCUUAAUUGUAGUGUGUAUGUGUGUGGGUGUUAUUUUAAAAAAACAAUUCUCACUAAUGACUCAGUAUAUACAAGAAUGUCAGGCAGCCACUAAUUCCUAGCAGUAUUUUAAUUAAGCAACUUUUUAAAAAGUAAAUGAUCGAUUUAAUAGUAAAUCAAACUCAGAGCAUAAUAUCUUGCUGAUGAUAGAUCCAUAUCCACAGUUUUUAAGGAAGUGAAUUGAAAAGCACAACGUCAUUCAUAAUGGGUAGCUCCUUUCUCUGUACCUCCAAUCCUCUACUCGUUCUUACCCAAGUAUUAUAAUUUUGCUGUUUGUUGAACCACAGAACUAUUUCUGAGUUAGCACAUAAUUAUACCGUACUGUGGUUUUAAGAAUUAUUGGGGCAGAGCCCUUAUAUAUUCUCACUGAUGUACACAACCCUGUCGGCUAUCUGAUUUAGGCAAUCUUCUUUACCGCGAGGCAAAAAAAAAGUCAGUAGCACUUUCUUGGGUGGGGCACUUAAAUUAUUUUCUGUUUUGUGAAAUUCACGAACAUCAAAAAACUUGUUACUAUUCUUGACAUUUGCAAUACAUUACUGCUACUUGUAACUUGAAAGCCAGCCAGCCGGCCGGUGGUGUAGUGGCUUCAAGGCAAAUGAUCCCAAGUUCAAAUCCAGCAGGCUCCAACUCGGCCUUGUAAAAAGAAACAGACAAAAAUGCUAAAGAAACAGCAAAAAUGCUGGCCAGUGCACCACCAGGUGCGGAAAAGAACAAGCAGUAACUUGAGCUGACAUAUCAGAGCCAGCAGAUGUCACACAGUAAGAGUUUUGACAGAGUAUUCUACCUCUUAAGGACAGAAUUUUAUGAAAAAUUGGGUGCCUCAAUGUUACUGAAAUAUCUUAAACACCCAAAAAUAUGCUCAUGUCAUCAAAAUAAACAGAAUUCAGGAAAGGUAUUCUUCAGAAGAAAUUCAGCUGUUUAUAACUCAAUUCAGUAUAUUAUUCUUUUGAAAGUUUAUUUUUUAAAAGUCUGACGAUAUAUUUAUUUAUUGUUGGCCAUAAAAUAGAUUUCUUUCUAAGUAGAAACUUCAAGCAGAGAACGGACUUCACACCGCCAAUUCCAUUGCAUUUGUUCUGAAAGUCUAACUCUACUAGAAGUCACUUAACAAUUAAAAUGGAAGUGUUCUUGUAACCACUUUAUUGCUUAAAAGACUAUUGCCUAAAAAAAAUGAAAUUUGAGUGCUUCAACUGUCAUUGUUUGUGUAAUGUGGCAUUGAUCAUCUGAAGCUGGUUUCCAAUCACCACAGAUUUCAGGAAAGACUGAUUCAAUAUUUAUUUAGUUUACUUAGAGUGCUUCAAGUGCAGAGUAAUGAUAAAGGCUUUUGUUAAUAUUUUAACCAAAGAUGUGGAGCAAUCCAGUUCGCCACAUAGUUUUGCAAAUACGCUUUUCUAAUUGUUAGCAACACACACUCUCACAUACAUAAACACACACUCACGUACACACACACACACAUACCCUCACUCACACACACACUCACACUCUCUCUCUCACACUCUCUCUCUCACACACUCACGCACACAAAAUGCUGGAGGAACUCAGCAGGUCAGGCAGCAUUAACGGGGGAGAAUAAAACAGUUCCUAAUUACUUUCUGUUUUCCGUUGUUUGGGCGUUAAGUAUAUUUUCCCUAUUCAUACCUCAAAUUCAUCCAUACCUCAAAACAGUUUAGAGGUCAGUUAAUUAGCCAACAAAGUAUGGUACUGGUGCUGAAAAUGAAGGAAAUUUUAUACACAAUAUCCCUGGAUUGCUUUUAGACGGACUAAUAUAAUUGACCCGAAACACCCUUGGAUUGCUCCAACUGGUUUGCUGUUACAAUUUUGUUUUUCCUGAGGAUUUGUUUCCAUUAUACAAUAGUAAUACUAAGUGAUUGCUUGUAAAAUGGGGGGAAAUGUGGACGUUUGCAGCACAAAUAAAGAGGCUCACAGCGGCAUAAGCUGGACUUUGUCGCCACUUGAUGACGAAAAGAUGUUAAUAACUAAGUUAACCUACAUCUAUGUAUCUCAAGGGACUUAAUUCAGCUGUCUGUAGUGAAAAUUUUUAUGGGAAAAUUCAAGUUUCUCUCGCUGGAAAUAAGGUAUAAUAUGUAUUUUGCAGACAAAUCAGUAAAGUUACUGGCUUUCA